CCAGUCCCGUCGGCCGUCGUCCUGGCGACAGGAAAAGAUCACCCGGACCAAGGAGGAAGCCCUGGAGCUGAUCAACGGUUACAUUCAGAAGAUCAAGUCCGGAGAGGAGGACUUUGAGUCUCUGGCCUCACAAUUCAGUGACUGCAGCUCGGCCAAGGCCAGGGGCGACCUGGGUGCCUUCAGCAGAGGUCAGAUGCAGAAGCCAUUCGAUGACGCCUCGUUCGCGCUGCGGACGGGGGAGAUGAGCGGGCCGGUGUUCACGGACUCGGGCAUCCACAUCAUCUUGCGCACCGAGUGAGGGGCGGCAGCAGGGCCGGCCUCGGGGCAGGGAUCUUAGGGACACAUGCACCCAGUGUGAUUU